GAGAACUACGGAAAGCUAUUGGAGAUAAACUCGGUUAACGUCAUUGCAAAAGGAAGCGCUAAGAAAAACAGACCAAGAAUAUGUUCAUAUUUAUUCUCCAUGAACAACAUUUUCUGCAACCUUACGUUUAUUUCUAAGUAAUAUUACACGUUAUUACUCCUGUUUAACAUUUGUUUCCCUUCAUGUUGUUUGUCUAAUUGGUCUACCCGUCCAUUUUUUCCCUGCGGAUUAAGUUCCGUAGCAUUUGAAUAACCACAGGGAUCAGCGUUCGCUACUGUUCAUGGGGCUGCCAUUUUAGCGACCUUACGACUCACUACAAGAUGGGCAUGGGGGUGAUCCAGCUCAGCUCCCAAACACACCACCAGAAUAUCCUGAAUGCCCUCCACCACCUGAGGCUGCAGGGACACUUGAGUGACAUCAAGGUCCAGGUUGACUACCAAGGCCACGCGCAGACAUUUCAGGCUCAUCGGGUGGUUCUCGCAGCUUCUAGCGAUUACUUCAGGAACAUUUUCCUAUCACCGGACGCCACCCCUGACCAGAUCUCGCUCUCCAACAUGCAUCCAUGUGACUUUUCUGACUUUUUGGAGUUUGUGUAUACAGGUAAGGCGGAAGUGGCUCAGAGCAGGAUGGGGGACAUGCAAGCGGCCGCCAAUAUUUUGGAAUGCGAGGAGCUGGCCAUAGUUUGCAGCAUAAAUCAUACUUCGCAGUCAGACGUAGUAGAAGAGUCAUCACCAGAGACCGAGACUGGCAUAAAGAAGCCGCAAAAUAGUCAACUGCCUCCGGAGAGCUCUGAGUGCCUUUCUAAAAGAUCCAAAGGGAAGAGCACCAAACUCAAACGGUGCAUCCCAACUACAGAUGAGGCAUUUAAUGCUGAAGAGGACAAUGACACCACAUGCGCAUCCUCACCUGCCUUGCCUCGCUUUGAUAAGGACACGCAGAGUCCAAACGACGCCGAGGAAAUAUUGCUGGUGUCCGCAAGCGAGGACGAGGACGAUGAAGAGAGUGGUAGGGUGUCCAAGAGAGCCUCCAAGGGGAAGUUCGUGUGCAGUGACUGUAUGCGGAGCUUCCACUACGAGCGGAGCUACCUGAAACACGUGAGCACCUGCCACGGAGUGAAAGCCGAGCUGGUCUAUCGCUGCGAGACCUGCAUGAAGACCUUCUCCAACCGCAGCAACUUGAGGAUCCACGAGAAGCACGUUCACAGCAGCGAACGGCUCUUCACCUGCGAUGUCUGCGCCAAGACCUUCAAACGCAAGAAGGACGUGGUCCGCCACCAAAAACAGGUGCAUGAUCCACAUAUGCACCAGUGCUCUGAAUGUGGCAAGAGGUUGAGCUCCAAAGCAUCGCUCAUGUUGCACAAGCAGACGCAUAGCGGCAUCAAGGCCUUUAUCUGCACGGAGUGCGGUUCCCGCUUCACCCAGAAGUCGGCUCUCAACAUGCACCACAGGAUCCACACGGGUGAGAAGCCCUUCAUGUGCGAGGCCUGCGGGAAGAGCUUUGCAUCCAAGGAGUACCUGCGCUACCACUCCAACAUCCACACCGGCUCCAAGCCGUUCAAGUGCGAGCACUGCGGCCGCGGCUUCGCUCAGAGGAACUCGCUACGGCAGCAUUUGACGGUCCACACAGGUGAACGUCCUUACGCCUGCAAUGACUGCGACAAGCAUUUUACGCAACUCAACGCACUUCAGCGGCACCAGCGCAUCCACACCGGCGAAAAGCCCUACAUGUGUGGGUUGUGCAACCGCACUUUCACUGACAAGUCUACUCUUCGCCGUCACACCACGACUCAUGAUGCCAAUGCACCGUGGAAGAACUACCUGGUCGUCUUGGAGGGUAAUGUGGAGAAGAAAUCCAAAGCUCAAGACAAGGGGACAGCGCAGGAGAAAAAAAGCAAUGCCAAAAAGGCAUCCAAAAGCAAAGUCCCCUCUCCCACCACCACUGUCCUCCCGCCCGACAAGGCUGGGCCGGGAGCAGUCGCCCUGGAGACUCACGACCACACCGAGAUGCUGCCCGAGGCUCAGGUGGUAACGUCAGAUGGCAGCGGCGGCGUCGUCAUCACUUUGGACAGACCUUUUGUCAUGCCAGUUGAGGAAAACAUCUCCGAGACUGCCCACUCAAUCUCCGCAGAGACCCCCAGCAUGUCAUCCCUGCUUGAAGAGGCCGCAUCGCAAACCAUUCUGGCUCAACAAGAGGAGGCGGCGCAACCGGACAUUUUGACCGUGGUCGUGUCUGACAAGAUGUGUCAAGAAGUUUAAACGUAGCAAAGGACACUGGAGAGUAAAGCAAAUGACAACCAAGCAAAUCCCUCUAAAAUCUAAAUAAAAUGUAAAAUAAAUAUCCCAUUUAAUCAUCGCUGUAAUAAUUACAAUUUGUGGUUAUUUUAGCUUUUGUACAGAAAUUGUGGCUAACAGCCAGCAUAAAAACAAGUUGCAGAAUCUA